AUGGCAAAGCAACUUCCCAAACCACCCUUUUUUUCUUCCACAAUCAUUCAGAUGAAUCCAUCUCUAUCGAUCAGUAACAAUGUCUCCAAUAAUGAGACCAAUUUCAUCUGUGAAUCUUCACCUUCAUCCACCACAUCCACCACUACAACACCCACAAGAUCUGGCUCUUCAUUUAAAAGAAAAUCAAAUGAACUCGUCAGCCAAACAAACACCAAAAAUACCAUCAACAAAACUAGUAAUACCAAUAGCACAAAUAAGAGAGCUAAAAAGGCAAAAACCCAACAAGAAUUGGAUGAAAAGAAAAAACAAUUAAAGACUGCUCAUUCUAUGAUUGAGAAAAAAAGGAGGAGCAAAAUAAAUAGAGAAUUUGACUGCUUGAAACUAUUAGUUCCCGCCUGUAGAAUAAAUUUAAUAAAUUCUUUGUCUUCAAUUGCUUCAGCAUCCAACUUCACUAAUAACAAUAAUGGCAAUAAUUUUAAUGGAAAUGGCAGUAGUAACAACAAUAAACCUGGUCAAAUAGGUGAUGGAAUGCAUAAAUUAUCAAUAUUACAGACAACUGUUGAGUAUAUUAAUUAUCUUCAUGACACCAUCUUAUUGAUGUAUAGUGAAAUUGCUAUGUUUAGUAAUAACUCAAAUAACUUCAACUCUUUUAAAGAAAAUGACAUAUCUUUUGCUAAACUCAAACUAAAUAUUGAUAAUUGCAGAGAUCCAACUUUAAAUUUUGAUUUUAAUGAUUUAAUCAAAAUGUUGAAAAUUAUUCAAUACAAUUGCCUUGAUUUAGAAAACUCUUCAUCAAAAUCAUUAAAUAAUAAUUUCAAUAACAAUGAUAUUCAUAAAUUAUUAUCAUCUAAUUUCUCAUCCAAGCAAGUACAUGAUUUCAAAUUAUUUGUAGAUAUGGAUAACAUUAACAGCAAUAACAACCACAAUAAUUACAACAAUAUGAAUUACAACAACAAUAACAAUACUAAUAACAGCAAUAACUUUAUGCAAACGAAUUCUAAUAACCAUAACCAUAACCAUAACCAUAAUCAUAAUCAUAAUCAUUGUAACAGUUAUCAAAAUAACGACACUAUCAGCACUAACCAACUGAGAAACAUUGAACAAACAAAUAAAUUCAAUAAUUUUAGUUUUCAAAAUCAUCACACUUCUUCUAAUAAUUCAAUUAAAAAUAUUAAUCAACUGUCUAAUCCAUUUUCCAAUAAAACAGGCACAAAUGCAAAUAACAACACUACAACUAAUAAUAUUACCAGUAAUAUUAUUAAUAAUAGUAAUCAUGUCAAUGAAAAAUAUGAAGAAUUUUUCAACUAUCAUAAUCUCAAUAAAUCAAAAUACUCCAGAAAACUGAGUCUUUCAGCUGCAAAGUCCUCAAACUCAGUUAGCCUGCAACUACCAAGCCCCAAGAUUACCCCAAAAAUACAACCAAAUAACCCUCUAAAUAAUUCUAAUGAAACUCUUAACAGUAGCUCUUAUGAUUUAUCAAAUUUUUUAAGUAAUAAUCGGUCAAGUUCAAUCGAAAGUAAUGGUAAUCCAACUUUUAAUAAAAUCAACUAUUAUCCCUAUCAGGAUUCAAAUAAAUCCUUCAUUGAAUUAUCCCCGUUAAUCACUACUGAUCCAUUUUCAAGGUUAGAAAUGUUGAAUAGUAAACGAACAACUAAUAUAAGUCCGCAGUUAAUACCUGAUAGCAAUAAAAUACUUCCAAAUCCAAAUUAUUCCAGCGAAAAUAUUUACCAAAGUGAAUAUGAACUUGGAUUUAAAGGAUUAACACCUUUGUUAAACUCAUUGGCCAGUGGCUCUUAUCCUGAGAUGUCCCCAUCAACAUUACCAAGAAACUCAAUUGCAGAGAAUAACAAUACCAAAGAGACAGAUUUUCAGUUGCCUCUACCAAUGAUAAGUAUAAGUCCGAAUAAAAACUCAAACCAAAACACAAAUACAUUUUCACUACCAUUGAAUGUACCAUCAAAAAGCAAAAACAAUAAAUCAUCAGUGACUAGUAAUAGUAACAACGUGGAAAUUAGUCCUAAAAGUGUCUCGAAAACCAGACCCAAUUCAAGUCUUGAUUCAACAUCAGACUCUAACAACAACACAAAACUCAGUGAAAAUCUCAACAAUACUUUGAAUCAAGCUGGCGAAGUGUUAUUAUCUUUGAGCAAAAAUUGUUGCAGAAGAAAUGACACAUCAGAAAAUCUGAUUGAAAACACCAUCCAAACAAAGCAAAACAACAAAUCCAGAUCAAGCAUUGUUCAUUUGCUUAACUAA